GCUUCGCAUAUGCUUUUUGCUGCCAAGGCGUUUUACACCUGAUUUGAUUGGAAUCUUGAGGCAGAAAAGUCUGUUAUCACUGUAUUAAUAAUGUCAACUUUACAGAACUAUAUAAAAUACAUUGGCUUUAAGAUUUCCCAAAACUCCUCCGACUACUGAGUAUCUUUGUUAUUUAUCCGACAGUCUUGUUUCACAGGCCUAGUCUGUUAAAUAGACUUCAGUUCUUUCAAGUAAGUUCACCCGAACCAGAAUGGGGCGCACUAGACCAGACUCUCUAUUAUUUUAUAUAGUGAGUCUGGUACCCAGGGUAAUUAUUGACACUCUUUCAUAAAACUCAAUUCUGGUUGCAUGCAUCUGGUUACAUCGACAAAACAGACUGGAAGACAACUGGUUACAUGAUGUAACCAGAUAAAAAAAUUAUCUAUUUAAACGAUCUGGUUUGAACGAGAGCUAGCCUUAUUGAAACUCGUUUUAUAUUAUUGACACUCUUUCAUAAAACUCAAUUCUGGUUGCAUGCAUCUGGUUGCAUGCAUCUGGUUACAUCGACAAAAUAGACUGGAAGACAGCUGGUUACAUGAUGUAACCAGAUAAAAAAAUUAUCUAUUUAAACAAUCUGGUUUGAACGAGAGCUAGCCUUAUUGAAACUCGUUUUAUAUUAUUGACACUCUUUCAUAAAACUCAAUUCUGAUUGCAUGCAUUUGGUUACAUCGACAAAAAAGGCUGGAAGACAACUGGUUACAUGAUGUAACCAGAUAAAAAAAAUAUCUAUUUAAACAAUCUGGUUUGAACGAGAGCUAGCCUUAUUGAAACUCGUUUUAUAUUAUUGACACUCUUUCAUAAAACUCAAUUCUGGUUGCAUGCAUCUGGUUACAUCGACAAAAAAGGCUGGAAGACAACUGGUUACAUGAUGUAACCAGAUAAAAAAAUUAUCUGUUUAAACAAUCUGGUUUCAACGGGAGCUAGCCCUAGUCAAACUAGUUACAUUAAAGCGCAAUUCUGGCUAAAUGUUUCUAAUAUGACAGAGGAAACUGGUUACAAGACAACUGGUUUCAUGAUGAAACCAGAUAGAAUUUUAUGCAUAACAAGUUUAAACAUUAAAACCAAAUGGACUGGACCCACCCCCCCCCCACCCGGGCUGCGAAUGCAGCAAACUACAAGCAGACCUUCCCUUUAUGGAACGCGGCACCCCCCCCUCGUCCCUUAUCACGAGAGACGCUGCCAAAAAGAAGAUUCUAAAAUUUUGACCUAACUCUGGCAAUAGUUUCACCCUAAUUUUGUGAAACAAGUUUAAGAUGUAACCAGAUAUAAGCAAUCUCGCUACGCGCAUCAAACUACGUAAAAUAAAUGGAAAACCAGGUUAGAGAAAUUCAGUUUAGAAAUUUGGUCACACCCGAACCAAGCCCCAAUGAAGCUUUUCUUAUAAAAACGCAAUUCGGGUUAUAUGCAUCUGGUUACAUUGACAAAACAGGCUGGAAGACAAUUGGUUACAUGAUGUAACCAAAUAGAAAAACCAUCUGGUUAUAACGCUCUGCUUUCAACGGGAACUAGCCUUAUAGAAACUCGUUUAAUAUUAUUGACACUCUUUCAUAAAACUCAAUUCUGGUUGCAUGCAUCUGGUUACAUCGACAAAACAGGCUGGAAGACAACUGGUUACAUGAUGUAACCAGAUAAAAAAGUCAUCUGGUUUCAACGGGAGCUAGCCCUAGUCAAACUAGUUACAUUAAAGCGCAAUUCUGGCUAAAUGUUUCUAAUAUCAUAGAGGAAACUGGUAACAAGACAACUGAUGAUGAAACCAGAUAGAAUUUUAUGCAUAACAAGUUUAAACAUCAAAUACAAGGUGUAUAUUAAAAUGUAUCUGUUGUCAAGUUCUAAAGAUUUGCAUUUGUUCAAAAGAAUUCUGGUGAAUUGCGUUGCCGUUGCCGGUGAAAUUGAUUGCAAAAAAUAUAAACAGUAGGAACUAUUGAAGUUUUUGAUAAUCUGGAAAUAAACUCACCUGAUGAAUAGAUAAACCAAUUUUAUUGUCUCACCUCAGCUGACGAGGAUUGAAUUAAUGAUUUGGUUCGCGUUUAUUCGUGAACUGUACAAUAUACUUUCUGGUUCUUAUAUCCACGUUGGAGACUUUGUAUCAACAUCUGCUUUUAUUUCAUCAAUCGAAAAUUGCAACUACACUUCAGCAAAUUCACAGUAAUUCUGAAACGUUAGUUGGAACACACUCUUAUAUAACAAAUAGUCAACAUAGCUAUGGUUAUCAAAAUAAACAAACAAAUUGUAGUUAGAAUUGAGAAUACUAUCAAAAGAAACAGUUUUAGUAAAUUUAAUACACGGAUUAUUUCCUAUGGCUAUCAAAAUAAACAAACAAACUGUAGUUAGAAUUGGGAAUACAAUCAAAAGAAACAGUUUUAGUAAAUUUAUCACACGGAUUAUUUCCUAUGGCUAUCGAAAUAAACAAACAAACUGUAGUUAGAAUUGGGAAUACAAUCAAAGGAAACAGUUUUAGCAAAUUUCAUACACACAAAAUUUCCCACAGCAUAAAACAAAAGAGCUGUUAAAUGCAUUCUUGUUAACUUAUGUCGUGUGAGUCAGUAACAGAUAUGCGCAGUGACAUAGGCGUUCGCAGUUACAGCAAACUUACACAGCAUGCACUUUAUAAGUUAUAGUCAUAAACCCUUAUGGAUGAAGUUUUAAAUACAGAGUUUCAAAAGUAAUUGCGAUUUUGACAUUUCCAUUCGGACACUCGUACCCUCGGACCCCUAUGACCCCUAGUCUCCCUCUUCCAUCUUCAUUACCUAUCCUUGCAAAUAUUCAAUCUUAGGGCAGAUAAUAUAUGGCAUGAUAACUAAGUUUUUCAACUUCUUUCAUUAGAAAUUUUGUGAUUAGUUUGUUUUCACACUGUUUCAGAAAAUCUCUUAAGACCAAGGAAUGAACGUUGAACUAUUUACUUUAAAGUUUAUUUUGCAAAGUAUUUCUCCUCAUUUUGGAAGGUAUUUCUCGUUAUACUGCAAAGCUCUCUGGCUUUGCCACUGCAUACUUUUAAAUUGACAUUCAUCCAUGCUAGCAAACAUGUCGAUAGUCUAUUUUCUUUGCAUUUUCUCACUCAAAUAACUGUCUUGUCAGUUGCAAUACAAACAGCAGCAUUAUUUGUUUCCUUCUAUAAUGCUUAACUUUUCUCAACUGGAUGUGAGUCUCUAGUUUUUGGCUCUCUUUCCUUAUUUGAGGCUGCUUAGCCCCUGUUAUAACGAGAUUCGCUCCAUAUUAUACAAUUGCUCUCUUAACAAAUAGCUUUGAAGUAGUUGUUGCGUCGAGUGCUUACUUUCCAAGCAGUUCUGUCAAAUGUUCUUGAGUAGUUUUGACAAAGUGUCUUUUUAAUGUAAAUCUUAAAUUUUUUAUUUUCUUCAAUAGAUUUCCCCUACAGAUUUCAAGAGGAACCUCGUAUUCGAUACAAUGUUUCUUUGCCAGGUCCUGAAAGGAAGAAGAAGCGUGCAGAAACAUCUGCUGCACAAGGUGAGUAUAGGGCCGUCUAUGAACAAGGUGAGUCAUCCACUUCCAUAGAGGGUCCUAGUAAUGCUGAAGAUGUAGCUACUUUGGGUGAAAUUUCUCUUGAUGUUGAUUUGCAGGAGGAGCUCGAAGUCACACAGACUGAGGGCCUCAUUAAUAGUUUUACUCUUGAUGAGAGCAGUCAGGAUGUUGGAUCAGAGCAACUGCUUGCAAAUCUGCAGAUUGAGGGAUCCAUUCAAAGUGCUUCAUCUGAAGCUUCGUUUCCUGCUACGCAAUCAGGCUGCAAGGGGGCGCGCUCAGCUUUCAUUGGGCAUCAUUCCAGCAACCAAUCUAGGUAUGAGGAUUUGUUGACGCAUUCAGCAUUUCCUGAUGGUGAUUGCAAGCACGUGCGAACAUUUGUUGGCAAUAACAGUUCAUAUGUACUGCCUCCUCCUUCUUCUAAGGACAAUAUUUUUCAAUUGGACCUACCAUACUAUGGGUGUGCGGAUGUCGUCCUGAUUCCGGAAGGGAUUGACCUCUCCAAUCACUCAUGGGAUGAAGAAAACAACGCCGAGUUGGACGUGCUCAUAGCUGCGUUGAACUAUUCCCAUGCUGUCCGAAAUAGGAUCUUUUGGCAAGUGGGUAGGUUUCUUGUGCACUCAUCCUCCUGUUUGGGAACGUCCAGAGAUGAAGUUGCACUUCGCUUAGGCAAAAGGGUGUUUCAGAAGAGGCAAGAGGAGUACGAGCAAUUGUUGCGUUCCUGUGGCUGCAACAUGUGCUUACGGGCUGUUCCGGGACCUCACUCUCGAGGCAAUCAUUGCUGUCAGGUAGACUCACGUGCACGCCUCAUCAACAUUAGGUAUGCGAAUACGAGCACUCGCUCUUUGCAGCGCAUGCUUAGGUUGGCGGAGGGACUUGGACCUACCCCUGAUUUGCUGCGCUUUUUUAACGUAACUUUGCCUAUAGGUUUUUUUGCGACAGCAGUGGAGGACUGCCUCCCUGCUUGUCUCAAAAACAUAGCUAUUGGGUCCUUCUUGGAUGUCCCCAGCUAUUUAUUGUAUGACUUCCCAUUGGUAGAAGACGGUCGGUGGGUAAAAGUUCCACUUGAUGUGUGCUUCUUUCCAGAUGCGGAUGGCAUAACCAUAGAUAGGUACGAGAGAAACGAUUUUGUUGCUGUGUUUAGCGCUCCAUCUGUGCGGUUUCGACUUGAGGGACUGGAUGCUCCCGAAAUGGAUACGUCUGUCAAGUAUACGGAAGGAGCAAGUGGUCAGCAUGAUCUCUGUUGGGAUUGUGUUGGGCAUAACUCCUUGCGGUAUAUGAGGAGAGUUCUUGGCCAGGUGUAUCACGAUGAGUUGAUGGUUGUACCUCAACAAAAUUCAGUGGGGCACCUAGCGAAGGACUUUCACGGGCGGUUCAUUGUCCGUAUCCUCUUUCGGAGGUGCGGUGCCGGGGAUAUUCAUGACCUUGGGGAAGAGCUUAUCAGGCGGGGUUAUGCUUUUCUGUAUCCCAUUUUCGGACUUCCUAGGGUAUACAUUGAAGCUGCCAAACAUGCCAAGCAAAAUGGUUUGGGUCUCUUCCAACACCCACCUGAGGUUUUAGAAGCUAUCCUUCCAAAUAAAUGUAGGGAAGGUAGUGGGGAAAAGGGGGUGGCAUUGCGUCAGGCAGGGCCAUUUGGUUCAGACUGCGUGAUAGUCACUCCUCCUCGGAUUUGCUCUGAGGUCCUUGCUAACGAGAGAAUGCUACGUGUGGGGGAGAGUACAAUAAGGGGGGCUGGGGAUGGGCUGUUUCUGAAACCUCAGCCAAGAAGGAUCCCGAGAGGCACAAAGUUGUGCCUCUAUAUGGACAAACUUUUUAAUUCUCUCUCUGUCGUUUCAUCGCAGGACUACACGUUGGAGAUGAGGCGCAGAGGGAAGAAGAAGCUAUUGUAUGCAGACGCUGAGAAGUGCCAUGAUGUGUUUCUUGGCCCCAAAUGCAAUGACAAAUCUUUUGGAUCUGUUUUUGGGAGGAUUGACUUUGGCUCUCUGGAUUGUUCCGUGUCAGCAACAAGAGGUAGGCGAGCUCUAGGUCAGGCAGUUACUGUUCAUUCUUUGGACACUUUCUUCACAGAGUUUAGAAAGGUGGAAGAAGAUGUCAGUAACUGUCAUUUUUCCUAUGAUGGGCCGUUUACUUUCUUGGAGACAACUGUGGACAUUCCAGCACACACUAGCCAAGAGCUGUUUGUUUCCUACGGAAUUUCAGGCUACUGGAUUCCAAAGGUUCAGGCAGCUCUAGCUAAAGAGCCUCCGUUUGCAAAUGAUUUCGAGGAAUCCCUUCACCACCUGGGCUCUAACUUAAGGAAUUGCGGGGGGGUUAGCCAGCGUUGCAAAGAACUUUUCCCAUGAAGUGGAAAAGUUUUUUGCAUCGUUAAUAGUAAAAUGAGUUUAACUUUUCAACUUUGCAGUGUUACUCUUGGAAGUCACAUCGCUAUUAAUAUCAAAGAAACCUUGAAAUAAUAGGGCAUUUUUCAGUCGCAAUUCAAAAUUGUCCCGUUCUACAAACCAAAGCAUGUACAGUUUUGCUAUAUUUUAUCGAGCAUUUUGUGACAGACCGGCAAACAUUCAUUUUCAUUAGCUAUAACGUCACAUGCUAAGCUUUGUGAUAUAUCUUAGAUACAUAAAUGCUCUCAAAUUUUGAGCUCUAAACGGUAAAUUUCAUUAGAUCUAGAAAAACCGUUAAAAAAAGUGAUUCUGCCAUCGGUCAACAUCUUUCAGAUUGCGCAAAACUCUAUAAUGACAAUAAUCUGUUUCGGAUAAUUGGCAGGGCCUAGUCGUCUUUUCACCUAGCAGUUUUGGAAUCGAUCUCCAUACAAACUAAAAAGCCGCUAUUAUGUAGACAAAAGGAUUUUGUUUUUCUUAUUGGACUCCAUGGGUAUUUUUCCUUAAGGCAUGCGACACUGAUUAAAUAGCUAUACCGGUCUUGUGAUUGCGUUUUUCUGAUUGGUCUAUUUCGAUCCACAACUGGGUAUAUAUUUUUCAUUGUGUUAUUUUGGACCCUCGUUUUGAUGUUUUAUGCUCCUCUUUUAUGGUCUGAGUGGGUCAGACGAAAAAGCUUUUAGCCAAUAUCUUAUAAAAUGUUUGCAUUUUUCAAAGGCCAACUUCCAUUAGAAUAAAUCUUAAGCUCUUUAUUAAAAAAUAGAGGACUAGACACUAUUUAUGAUUGUUUAAGAUCUAGAAAAUUAACUUGUACAUAAAUCCCGUGGACACUCCUUGUUUGAUGCAAUCGGCAAUCCUGCUUUUCAGCGUCUGCAAAUAAGGUUGUAUAUUUUUGUUAAUAUGUUUAUAUUUUUUGUAUAUAACUUCAAAGCUCUAUUAAGCUUAAAGUGCCUCUCCAGCCAAAAAUAAUGUACCCUUUUGCUUGAAAUAGAUUGUAUGUUUUUUGGGAUACAGGUGCUUAUAUUUUUACAAUUGAGUUCAGUAUAUUUUAGUUCACCGCGAAGGCAGAAAUUACAACGUAAGAUAAUCACAGAAUGGUAGUAGUUGCUGUUCUGCUACUUUAGAGUGUUACCUAAAGAAUUGAAUGGAUGUAAAUAAGAAUGUAAAUAAGAAGCUCAUAGCUGUUUUCCAAUGCUGUAUAUAGCUUACUAUCAGUUAACACUACAAUAUGUGAGGGAAUAGCGGCAAAACGAAAGUCAAUUUUCAGCAUAUGACCCAACAGGGCACAACUGCAAACAAUAUGAUCAAAUCAAACCAGCUAGACUAGUUAUAAUGGUAUUGAAGAUAUACAUUUCAUUUCGUUUUUAUAACACUUUUAUUCACAGGUCGUUAAUAACGAUAUCUUUCAGGUUUAAGGAAAAUAUCACAUUAUGUUUACAAAUUUUCUGGAAAACCAAGAUUGUGCAAGAAACUAUAAUGGCGACAUGUUUUGGAUUAUUGGCAAAGCCCGAUCGUCGUUCAAUCUAGCAGUUUUGGAAUAUAUCUACAUAAAAAUGAAAAAACCGCUACUGUGUAGACAGAUAGAGUUCGUUUUCACGUUAAGACUCCAUUGGCAAUAUUUCCAAUAGGCAAGCGGCACUGAUGGGACAACCUGUGAUUAACCUCUCGCCUAGUUGAACAGUCCAGGAGAGAAAACGAACUGUUGGUAUGUCAUUUUUCGGUAAGUAGACAGGGGUGCCUACACCGGGGGCUGGAGGGGCAGCUGCGAAAUGUUCCCUCGGAAGUACUCCAGGAAAUUAAGGUCAAAAAUCGGUUUUAAAACUUAGCGGGCAAUCAAAAUUUUACUACCAGCCCAUUGAUUACAGCCAUGGUUUUUAUUGAUCCAAAUAUUGUGAAUCGGUCAAGCAAGGUAACUUAAUACCAAUUUUUAUGUAUGGAUAGUAUCGUCAAAAUUUCCUCCAUCUUUAGAAUCUUUGAUGGUUAAAACCAAGCUGUAUGGGUGGCACAUAUACAUUUUAAUAUUUUAUUAUGUAACCUCUCCCCCCGCACCUUCCCUCCCAUCCAGGCAUACUCGAUUAUGUUAGUAGAAAAAAUAUACGAAAAAGACAUAAAAAGUGUUUUUAUUUAUUUUCAACAUUUUUGGAGUUUUUGUCUUUAGUCACAAAAACAUGCAUUGAUUAAGCUUAAACGCACAUUGGAGACCUCUGAUUUUCCAUUGCUCCAAAACUGUCGAAAAUGAGUAGAAAACUUUUGUCUGACUCACGUUUUGUGCCGGUAAUGAAGUUCCCCUAAUACCAAUUAUUUUUGUGAAUUUGAAAAAGAGAAUAUGAUUUUUUAAAACUUAAAUUUGGUUUUGCUGAAGGAAAUCAUUUGGAUCCUAAACUAGCGGUUUACUAUCAUAGACCUUCGAUACCUUUAUGAGCAUAAGUAAAGCAGGUAUCAUUACUAAAAUUUCAAAAUAUCGGUAUUUUAGAGUGUUUUUAGCAAUUAAUUUGUAGUAUUUAGUAUGUAUAUUAUGCAUUUAGUAUUGUAUAUUAUGUAUUUAUGUAUGCAGAAUGUAUUGUGUGUUAAGGUUGGAUUGGCAAUCUAAAAACAACGAGCCUCUAAGGCAUGACUUUUUUAUUUUCAGCAGACCAGCUAAAAAGAAAGACUUUGUUUGUUUGUUUGCUUAGUUAGAUAGGACUGGAUUCUGAUUACUGCUCGAACACUAAACUCGAUAGUUCGCUUCUUUUAUAAUUAUAGAUUUGUUCCUUUCGGCGAAUGCCAGUUUCAACCUUUGCACAUACAGUUUAAGAAAUAAAUCUCUCGGCUGUUAAUAAUUAAUUUAGUUUUCAAGCUUCAGAACAAUGUAUUGUAAAUUUAAUGGAGUACGAAAUAUACCGGAAAAAGAUGCCUGUAGGACUGUAUUUCAAGCUGCUGAAGAUGUUGGCAUUUCAUCGGAAACUUCCAAAUUAUCAUUUGAUUGAAAUCAAGUUCUGAAGAAACUGUUUAAAACGAAGCUCGACUCUCCUAGUCUCAUAGGUGCUGAAGUACCUUUAUGGAACUGCAGCCUUUGAAAGUAGUCCCUUUCUCAAGUUCUUCAGGCUGUGAGAAAGAUUGAGAAAGACUCUGAGCCUACUGCAAAAGGGCAAGGAUAAGAUGAGCAGUAACAGAUGUGCUUAAAGAGUUAUUGCAAAGCAAUGGAUUUCAUAUUUGUUGAAGGAAAACCAAAUGCUGUUCGAGAGAUCUUCAGAGAUGUAGAACAUUACUCUAAAGUUUUACUCCUGAAACCAAACAGUUAUUGCUACAAUUGAUACGGAUUGGAUAAAUGCUUCCACAAUAUGUUGCUUCAAAGUGUGCCUAUAUCUUCAGGAAUCAUAGAAUGAUUCCAUGCCGCGAUGUCAACAAUGCCAAGACAGCUAAAGAUCUAUUGUUUUAGAGUGGUUUGCAGAACUUUUAAAGAGCAAAUACUCUUUAGAAAACGACCACUGUUCCGGGUAAACAAAAAUAAACCGUACGGCAGUUGACUGAAGUACAAGAGCUAAAAAAAAUGCUUGGGUUACUAUACU